CUUAGUGGCCCCUUCUUUUUUGGACUCUCCCGAGAUGCAAAGAGAGUUUUAGGAGAUGGAAAAAGGAAAGAGGAGAAGGGAGCUAGAAACACAUAUUGAACAGUUGUGUAAGUUUGGGACACUUUGGGUAGACACGGGGUAUGGGGUCUCUGGCCUCUGAGAUAGCCACACCACAAGCAGGACUGUGACAGAUCUCCAGAAGAGUCCUGUGAGGGAGACAGCCAGCCGACAGGGGCCACGGAGGGCAGGGCUUCAGGAGGGAACGGCCUCCAGGGGCCCCGCUGACCCAGCAUUGGCUUCAUCCUUAGGGUAAUACCCAGAGAGUCUCAGAACGUGAAACACAGACCAGCUUUGUCAAAAUCACUCAGGGAAGUGUCUAUGAAAAUAGCCUGCCUCCCUGCCUCAGAACCCAAAGGAACAGUCAUGAAUCUCCCUCCACCUUGUCCCAUCUUUAGCCACACUCCCCACAGACCACAGCGCACCCGGCCAACCCAAGGAACAGGGGGUGAAGACAUGGUUUCUGCUAUCUUAUUGUAACUGAGCAGCGUUUCCUGUGCCCCAAGCUUCAUUAGCACACUGGUGGUGUCAUUUCCUGUGACGACUCUCUGUUUCCAUUCUGGCAAAAUGUUUGCUCUUUUCUGUCUGCUUUGAGGGUUGGGGGAGGAUGGGCUUCUCACAGAGCCUCUCUCUCGGGCCUCUUGGCAGUUCCCCCCCUCCUUGCCCCUCAUACUUCCACCAGAAGGCAGAGAGCGUAGCGUCUCCCUGAGCCACGUCGCUUGGGGGACACCAUACCCGGCUGAGCUCUCGCCUCCGGCACUGUAACCACAUUCAGAUCCAGGAGAAGUGGCAACAUGCACUAGCUGAUGAGAAUUAAGAGAAGGCUUAGAAGGAGAAGCUGAAGCCAGAGAGGUUCCCAUGGCAAUGGAUAUGAUCACCCCAACCCUUUCAGAAAUCAGAGGGGGGACCUCGGAGGCCAGGACUCUGCAGGAAACUGGUGGCAGCCUGGACAGACAUAAAGACCACAGCAGUGCCAUCUUUUCUGGGUUCGCGGGCUUCCUCGCCAUCCUCCUGACCACCAUGAUUUUCUACGGCCUGUGGAACUGGAAUAAAUUGAAGAAGCGACAAGUUCCUUACUUCCGAGUUACCGUCAUGCCCUUACUGACUCUGUCUCGACCCAGACAAGGAGCCAAAAAUAUUUAUGACUCCUUGCCCCAGAGGCAAGAAGACCUGGGGAGACGUCAGUCAAGGAGUAACCGUAUUUUCAGUACCGAGAGCCUCCUCUCCAGACAUUCUGAGAGCCCUCCUUCUGAGCAUGUGCCCUCCCAAGCAGGCAAUGUCCUCUGGGUGCACAGAGACCAUUACCCUGCCAACGGCUAUGCAGUGGGCAUCUAUGACAAUGCCACAGGGCUCCAGAUGCGUGGGGACCUCACUCCCUCAGCACACUAUGUCAAUGUCACAGCAGCCAGAGACUGCCUGAGCAUUUCUUCAGAGGAUUCCAGAGAUUACAUCAAUGUCCCCACGGCGGAACAGAUUGCUGAGACUCUUCUGGCUUCUGCCAACGCCACCCCCACGAACAGUUUUGCCCCCCCAAAUGCUCAGAAGCUGGAGCUUACUGAGGAAAGAGAGCAGGGCUGUGGGAAUGCCAGUGACCACACCAGUUUUUGGUCUCCAAGGUCUGAGAGCGAUGAUCCGCUCAGCGAUGAGGAAAGUUCUUCUGAGACCUCAAAUGACUAUGUCAACAUGGCAGGGUUGAAUCUUGAGGCCAUCCGCGGGAAGCAGCCCUGGAUGGUUUCUCAGUGCUACAGAGAUUAUGAAAAUGUCCCAUCGGCACACGCCAGUGGAAGCCAGCAGCAGGCGGAGGAAGAAGUGACAUCCUCAAACACAGACCAUGUCGAAGGCAGGACAGAUGGUCCAGGGACCCACGUCCAAUUUGUCAUGCAGUCAGGGAGGUUCCUGGCUCUAGGGGAUUAUGUGACCUAUCCGCCAUCUGCACAGAAGGAGACUAGUCAGUUGAAACAUGGAGAAGAGAUGCCAAACGAGGCCUCUGAUGACUACGAGAAUGUGUUAGCUGCCAACUUCGGAGACGUGGACCCCAAGGGGCCAGACGCAUAGCUCCUUCCUGAAGAAUUAGGCCCCAGGCACCCAGCUGGAGAGCUCUGGGGUGCCAGACCACAGCCACCACAGGGUCUAGUAAAGACCCUUGAACAUCCUUGUAUUUCAGUGGGUUCGCUCAGGUAGAGUAGUACAAAGAGGCCGAGAUACACAGGAGUUAAGGAAGUCACAGAAGCCAAGGUCUGGGAAAGCCAGAAAGGAAUUCUUCUGAAGCAGGGUGCUGUUAUCUCUCAUACCAACCUAAGAAUGUUUGCUGAAAGUGCCUUAUAGGAUGGUUAGCAGAUUAAAAAUGCGAUAGUACUUUAGUGCCCAGUGGAAACGUGAAGUAGCCUAAAAGCGUUACCUUCACAAAUACCAGCAGGUUGCAAAGCAAGAAUGCAGAUUCGUCUGUAAUCCAGGCAGAGGCCAAAAAGAAGGGACAAGUCAGAGUUGGGGUGGGGCAGCAGCUGCCACUUGAAAAAGAGUGUGGACAACCAAAUGCUAGAGAAAGAUGUGGAACACCGGAAAUUGUCAUUAAUUGCAAAGUAUAGUAUCCACUUUGGAAAGCUAUUGGAUAGUUUCUUAAAAGCACGCGUGUAUUAUACAACCCAGCCAUUCCACUACUAGGCGUUUACCCAAGAGAAUUGGAAAUUUGUGUUCAUGCAAAAGCCCAUACGUGACUAUUUAUAGCAGCUCUAUUCAUAAUGCCAAAACUAGAAAUAACUCAGAUGCCCUUCAACAGGUAAAUGGAAAAACGAACUGUGGUAUAUCCACACAACGAGGUUGUCUAUACUCAACAGGAAAAAGGAAUGAACUAUUGGUUCAUGUGACAACAAGGACAAAUCGUAAGUGCAUUUGGCUAAGCGAAAGAUGCUAGACCUAAAAAUCUACGUAUUGAAUGAUUCCAUUUCUAUGGCCUUCUGGAAAAGGCAAAACUAUAUGGAUGGAAAACAGGUCCGUAGUUGUCAGGUUUGGGGAAAGGAGAGAAGUUUACUAAAAAGGAAUCUUUAGGGUAAUGGGGCUAUUCUGUAUUGGUACUGUGGUGAUGGAUACGUGACUCUAUAAAUUUGUCAAAACACAAACUAUCCAGCCCAAUGAGUGACUUUUAUUGUAUGUAAUUUUUUUUUAAUUAACCAUGCUGUCAGGGGAAGCCAUGAUGGAAUGCAGAUUAAGACAAAUAAAACCUAACUGUCUUA